AGUACUGGUAUUGCUGAGACAGACGGUGAGCGGGUGGGUUUAUUUUUGGGUCAGUGACAGUGUGUCAAUGGCUGCAGAUGCGUCGGAAAGGAAAGCUCUUAGAUACAAGCAAACCCUGCUCUAUGGGGAGUACCAAGAAAACCAAGGAGGCUCCGGCAGACGGGAGGCCACACGCCUGCUGACAGAGAGGCAGAUCAAGAAACAUCGGACCCACCACUGCAGCCAUGCCAGGACACGGCACGGACACGGACAUGGGCGCCGUGGCCAAAAUGGAUACCACAGCCGCCAUCAAUACAGCUACUACAGCAGGCAAAGGAACAGGCGUCAGUCCAACAUGGAGACCGACGCUGCUGAUGAGCAAACAGCUGAGCCCGACCUCACGUCCUCUGUGAAGAAGAAGCGCUCCUACUCCAAGUGUAGAGACUGCAUAGCACGAGUGCAGCGAUUCCUUGUGACCAGGUUGGGAGAGGACUGGAUCUUCCUGGUUCUCCUGGGCAUAACAAUGGCACUGGUCAGCUGGACAAUGGACUACGCCAGUGCAAAGAGUCUACAAGCCUAUAAGUGGAUUCACGGGGAGCUGAGAGGGAACAUCCCCCUGCAGUACCUGGCCUGGGUAUCCUAUCCCCUGAUGUUUAUCCUCUUCUCCUCCCUCUUCUGUCACCUGGUUUCCCCUCAAGCUAUUGGUUCUGGUAUACCAGAGUUGAAGACCAUCCUGAGAGGUGUGGUACUAAAGGAAUAUUUGACUCUGAAGGCGUUCAUUGCCAAAGUCAUUGGUCUGACGGCUGCUCUGGGCAGCGGCAUGCCUGUGGGCAAAGAGGGCCCGUUUGUUCACAUUGCCAGCAUCUGUGCAGCAGUUCUCAGCAGGUUCAUGUCCUUUUUUUCAGGAGUUUAUCAGAAUCCAUACUGUUACACAGACAUCCUGACGGUCGGUUGUGCUGUCGGGGUGGGCUGCUGCUUCGGUACUCCGCUUGGAGGUGUGCUCUUCAGCAUAGAGGUAACAUCUACAUACUUUGCUGUAAGAAACUACUGGAGAGGAUACUUUGCUGCUACAUUUAGUGCCUUCAUAUUCAGAGUGUUAUCCGUGUUUAAUAAAGAUGCAGUAACCAUUACAGCUCUGUUCAGGACGAACUUUCGUAUGGAUUUCCCUUUUGAUCUGCAGGAGCUGCCAGCGUUUGCCGUCAUUGGGAUCUUCUGCGGGUUCCUCGGCGCGUUCUUUGUCUACCUCAACAGACAGGUGGUGCUGUUUAUGAGAAGACCCAAUGCCAUGACCCGCUUCCUGACUAAACACCGACUGCUUUUUCCCGCUGUGGUAACGCUGAUAAUCGCCACCUUGACCUUUCCACCUGGAUUUGGACAGUUCAUGGCAGGAGAGCUGAUGCCCAGAGAGUGCAUCAACUCUCUGUUUGACAACUUCACAUGGACAAAGAUUUCAGGGUCUCCUCCACCGGUCGGUCUGGGCCGCUCUGCUGCCUGGCUGCACCCUGAUGUCAGCGUCUUUGUCAUUCUGGUGCUCUUCUUCCUCAUGAAGUUCUGGAUGUCUGCUGUGGCCACCACCAUGCCCAUCCCAUCCGGAGCUUUCAUGCCAGUCUUCAUCCUAGGAGCUGCGUUUGGCAGGCUGGUAGGGGAGAUCAUGGCCACUCUGUUUCCUCAUGGGAUCGUGUUUGAUGGCAUCCUUUACCGCAUCAUCCCUGGAGGGUACGCAGUCAUCGGAGCAGCAGCGUUGACUGGGGCCGUGACUCACACAGUGUCCACGGCGGUUAUCUGCUUCGAGCUGACAGGUCAGAUCUCCCACAUCCUGCCCAUGAUGGUGGCAGUAAUCCUGGCCAACAUGGUGGCCCAGGGCCUGCAGCCCUCCCUCUACGACUCCAUCAUCCAAGUCAAGAAGCUCCCGUACCUGCCGGAGCUUGGCUUCGGACACAUGAGCCAAUACAACAUCUUUGUAGAGGACAUCAUGGUGACGACGGUGAAGUUUAUGUCAUCUCAGUCCACAUACCGAGAAGUCAAACUCCUGCUGGACUCCACUUCGCUCAAAUCCAUCCCCCUGGUCGACUCAAAAGAUUCUAUGAUCUUAUUGGGCAGCAUUGACAGGGUGGAGCUUCUGGCUCUCUGUGAUUGGUGGUUGUCACCAGAAAGAAGGCUCCUGAUGCAGGGUCGCAGCCUGCAGGAGCAGAACCAGUCUCAGAAGCACAGCUGGGAGUCCUUCGCCUUCGUAGAUGAGGAGGAGGAGGAGGAGGAGGAGGACGGAGAGAAGGGUAGUCCAGUACAGGAGGAGAGGAAUGGUCCCCUGCCUCCUCAGAAGCCCCAGGAGCCUUCCUCGAACCACACUGCUCCUGCUCCUGAAAAAGGUUCUCUGCAGUCUGUGAGGAAAACACUCAGGAAUAUCUUCACCUCUAAGAGCAGGCAGACAGAGGGCCAGUCUCAGGAGCCUUGUCCUCCUCCGCUGUCAGACACCAUGACACCAGAAGAGAUUAAAGCGUGGGAAGAGGAAGAGAUGGACAAGCCGAUGGAAAUCGAUGAGAUACGAGUGGACCCUUCCCCUUUUCAGCUGGUGGAGAGAACAUCGUUACACAAGACCCACACCUUAUUCUCACUGCUUGGCUUAAGUCAUGCUUAUGUGACCAGUACUGGCAAACUGGUGGGGGUGGUGGCACUGAAAGAGCUCCAAAAGGCCAUCGAGGGCUCCACACGCUCUGGUGUCCGGCUCCGCCCUCCUCUGGCCAGUUUUCGUGAUAUCAGCAACCACAACUCGGUCUCUAAACCUCCACCUUCAUCUCCCAACGCCCCUUCCUCUCCGCCCUCCUCCUCUCCUCCCUCACCUGAAAUUGUUGCUCAGGCUCCUCCCCCCUCUCCCCCCUCUCCUUCUCAAAUACACCACCAUCACAGCCAUGAGAAUGAAACAGAGGUGUUGAUCGAGGGUGUGCCGAGGGAGGUGGAGGAGAGCACCAGUAGCGCUUCGGGGAGCGGCAGCAGCACGGUGGCUUGCAGCUCGACCAGCAGGAGCUGCAGCUGCAACAGCAACCUCACCCUCCCUCCUUCUUCUACUCCUCCCCCAGUCCCUUCUUCCUCCACUCCUCCUCCCUCUCCUCCUCUCUCCUCCAUCCGCCUCUCCACCCUACAGAGACUCUUUGAGGAAGAGGAAGACAGCGAUGAUGAGCCUAUGGUUUAGCUUACACAAGAGUGAUGCUUUUUUUUAUAAUGGAAAACUUUUAUAAUAGUUUGAGUUUUUUUCUUCUGUUCUUAAUACAUUUCUCCGGUCUUUGUACUUCCAUUUACCUCUUUUUAUGUUACUGGUACAGCUUCCACACACUCGUUUCACAGACCAUCACCUGUUUGGUGCAAAAAACACCUUAAACUGCAAUAUUCAUCUAGUUUCUUUGUAUCAGGUGUGAUUAGAAAGUUCAUGGUCUCUGCCCACAAAAGAAAAAACCAAACACUGACUUAAAUAUGGCUGAUCUCUCCUUCAAGGUCAGGUCGCUGUGCACUUCUGACCCUCUGCUGGGUCUGUGCUCUGUCUGGAAAGCCCCCUGGAAGCUAUGGUACAACUAAUUGCACAUACAGCACUCAUCCACUUCUCUGUCACAAUGACCCGACUUUAAUAUAAGGAUCAUCACUGGUGAUAAUAACCAGUUCAUUUUUUAUACAGAGGUCUAUUUUUUCUUCAGUUUAAAUCAAACGCUCCCUUUACCAGUAAAGCAUGGCUGAGGCUUCUCUUUGUCGCAGUCUGCACCAGCAUCCUGCAGUAACAUCCAGUUAAAGCAGGCCUGUGGGAUAGUUUGCUUCCCUUGUGAGAUGAGCUUUAUGGUCACAAACACCCCAUAGUUAUUCUUGUGGGGACCUGGAUUUUGGUCCCCACAAGUAUAGUAAACAUCCAAUUUUUGGUCCCCACAAAGAUAUGAAUACAUGCUCACACACACACACACACACUGUCAGGCCUUACCCUAACCCUAACCAUCAAAAAUGAAUGCCUAACUCUAAACCUAACCUAAUUGUAACCCUGACACUAAAACCAUAUUUUGAGGUGUGGGGUCAGGGACUCUGGUCCCCAUAAAGGCUGUUUGUCCCCCAGGUAUAGUAAACUUCCAAUUAUUGGUCCCCACAAAGAGAUGAACACACGCUCACUCACACACAUGCGCAUACACAGACCUCUGUUAAAUUAUUUUCAAAAUCCAAGUGAAAAAAGUUAAAUAAAUGUGGGAUGUUUUUAUUUUAAAGAAUAACUGUGGCUAAUAAUCGAGAAUAUAACAUUGACCAAAAUGACCGUGAUUCUAAGUUUUGCUUUAAUAAAACAGGAGCUCCACAUGGCCUAAACAAGCAAACAGUGGAUGUGUGUCCAGAGACAUAAAGUGAGACGACAUUGAAGCUGAAAUCAACCAAACUAAAGUCGCGUAUGUUUUCUUUUGGGCGGAUUCGUCGAGCGCUCUGAUUGCCACACGUAAGCUCUGAAGCUCUGUAUGUUUGUAAUGUUUGCUUGUUCUGUUUUACUUUCUGCUCAUUUUCCUUCUCUUGUUGUUUCACACUUUGAUUUUCAUGGGUUAAAUAGUAGAUGCUGCCAAAUCCACAAAGUCAGGUAUCUAACUGUGAUAUGCUCUUUUUGAAUAUUUGAUAAUGACGGUUUUAGCACUCUUAAGCUUAUUUCUGAGAUCCAGUAAUAUCACUGGUUAAGGUCAAAUAACCCACCUGUUCAGCUGCUAGACAUAUUGAAUGGCCCUGUGAUGAACUGGUAACUGUCCAUAGGCUCCAGCCCUUCCACUAACCUAAACUGGAGAAGCGGUUAAUAAAAUGGAUGGAUGGACAUUACUGAGGAGUAGAUUGAUAAAACACUGCUACCAUUUGUACUGUCUGAAUUCAGACUGCAAUUGAUUAACUGUGCCUCUGUCACAGCUGUUUCCAACACCACACACUUUACUGUAUGUUCUGUGGGUUUUUUUACUGUAACGCUCUCUGCUCAGCUGAAUCACAAUAAUCAAUCAAAAGCUUUGCUUCCCAAACAAGAGGUGAACCUGGUGAACUGCUGCACAGUUGUCCUGUGUUACCCGAUCGCUUAAGUCUUAAAAAAAAGGGAGGAUUUUAUCAGAUGAGAGCAGAGGGUAUUGAUUUAUUUUAACUGGCAACAAACCGUGUGGGUAGCAGAAAACUAAUGGAGCUGCUCAGUCCACUGUGGAAGAUUGGCCAAAGCCCCACAACGACCUCCAAAUUGUGCGGCGACCUUGUGGAUGCAGCCUCAGAGCUCAUCUCAUCACGGUUAAGUUGAUAGAUGGUGCGGCUCGAGGCGGCUGACGACAGCAAAACCUCGCCGUGCAGAUCCUCAAGAUUCGUUUUCUCCUUUUUUCCACAAAAAGGAAGCCUCGCAGGUUUAACCCUAAUCACUUUCAUAAGUCUAAAUGGGAUUAUCAGAAAAAUCUACAGAAGCUUUUCAUUCUAACAUUGGUGAUGAUAGCCAAGGUUUUCUGACAGUGAAGGAGAGAUGACAUAAACAGAUGUGUUGCCAGAGAAACGUUUCCCAGUUAAUGCUGUUAAAGAUGCUAAAAAUAGCAUCUUUUUUAAAGCUGUUAAAACAGAACUGUUGUGAUGGUUAUUAUAAGAAGCAAAGCUGCUCAUGUAACAAUUUCAAAGAAUAAAAGUCAAGAAAUUUAAUGACUAUUUAACCUUGAUGUCUUCCUGAGCUUUUGCCUUCUAGGCAGCUGCCUCUGUAGGUGGUUCAGGUGUCUUUUAUCAUAAUCAUAUAUAAGCUUCAGUUAAUCACAUACAACUGAAAACAGGCCUGGCUUCCUCUUUUUUACUAUUUCUCAGAAUUGUUCCUCAGGUUAACCUUCAGGGUUGCUUAAUACAAACAGCAUCUGGUACCUCCACGUCAGAAAUGCGAUUCUUCAACUGUUUUGUGGUUUUCUUCCUGUUUAAAAAAACAUCAGUAAAUGAAUUCAAUAAGGAACACAAUAGCAGGAACAAAAACCAAAAGCUUUGCAAAAAGAGGCUUUGAGCUGUGUAGAAGUUUGGAGUUAGGUGAAAAUCACAAUCUCAGUGUCCAUGGUCUGGCCUGUUAGGUCUGUCAGCAUCAGUGUAUUAAAGAAUAAAGAAGAAUCAGGCAGUAUGUAACGCUGGGCUUCCACCAGGUCUGCUGGAGGGAUAACGCAGCACUAUCCUCCCGCAGUACCACAUACUGUGUCACAGUCAUGUUCCCCUCUCACACACUCAGACUGCAGACACUCUGCUGCUGCUGCAAGAAGAAAAGUGAAUGACUUGGAGUGAAGAGGAAAAGAGUUAGAUCACAACACUCGUCUGGUGGUUAUAUCUGUCUUACUUUUACAGUUGGUAAAACAUCUCGAUGCUUCAGGUCAAGAGAGGGUGGGGAUGUUUGAUAAGUAAGAGGUGCGACGUGAUAGUGAAAUGGUUUGGCUUUGUGUGGAGGUUUUGAACAUGAUCUUUGGUUAUUUUUUGACGGCACUAUUGUCUGUUGACUAAGCCUAAGUGGAAACGUUUUUUGGACCCUCAGGUAUAUAGCAGGGGAUAUCCAAGCUAACAUUUUAUGAAUACAUUACUUUAGUAUAAUAUAUUUUUAAACAAAUGACUAAAAAGCUAAAAAAUACCCAAAUCUAACUUGAACGUGAUUGUUCAGAAGCACUCGACUACAUGCGUCUGUUACCUACAGAUUCAUCUGCAGAGAUGUUUAUCUGUUUGUUGAGAUUAUUUGAUAAUGUCAAACACAUCACAUAAUGGAACGUAACAACCAAACAUGUAAAAUAAAUGUUCUCUAAAUGAC